AUGAAGUACUUAGCUGCUUACUUAUUGUUAGUUCAAGGUGGUAACGAAUCUCCAGCUGCUGCUGACAUCAAGAAGGUUAUUGAAUCUGUUGGUGUCGAAGUUGACGAAGCUAGAAUUAAUGAAUUAUUAGCUUCCUUAGAAGGUAAGGGUUCUUUAGAAGAAAUCAUCGCUGCUGGUUCUCAAAAGUUUGCUUCUGUUCCAGCUGCUGGUGCUGCUGUUGCUGCUGGUGCCGCCGCUGGUGCUGCUUCUGGUGCUGCCGCCGCUGAAGAAGAAAAGGAAGAAGAAGCUGCUGAAGAAUCUGAUGAUGACAUGGGCUUCGGUUUAUUCGAUUAA